AUGAACGCUUCACCCCAUAGCAAACCGAGCGCGGCGUUGGCGCCCUCACCCACAGCCGCAUUUUUCCCCAGCACAUCGCGCGUCUACACCUCCAAGGCCGCUACGGUCGUCGACGAUGACGAAGCGCUCGACGAGAUCCGCCGCUAUGAAUCCUUCUCCACCGUCGACUGGGUCGUCGAUAACACGCGCGAACGAAAUCGUCUUGCUCGAGAACGACAAGCCGCCUCUGCGCACUUUGUUUCUUCUUCUUCCAACGCGCACCUCGGCAACGCAGACGCUGCUUGGGGCCACAUUGGAUUUGGAAGAGGCGGUGUUCCACCGAGGUGGUGGUCCAGAGGUCCCUGGGGCAGAAGAGCUUGGUUGGUUUGGGGCAUCGUCAAGAGCGCCUCGUCAGCAUUUACGGAUAGCGGCGUGAUCGUGCUCGUCGGCAUCCUCAUUGGUCUUAACAUGGGCGUGAUUAGCUUGGCAACAGAGUGGGCUUCGGAUCUCAAGCAAGGUUAUUGCAGUUCCGGCUGGUGGCUCAACCAGAAGUUCUGUUGUUGGGAGAUGAUGGAUCAAGCUGGACCGGGUGGUGCACCUCUUCCAGCUGCUGCAAAGGCGUUGGCCACAGCGACUGUCACCGUCACCGCUUCAAUCGGUGCGGCUGCAGCAGCAACCGACUCUGCACCGAUUCUCCCAGCAACACCAGCGGCGACUCCGACGGCGGCGAUUCGAGCCGUAGCACAAGAGGCCUACAACCUCACAAUUCGCGCGAUUCCCGAUCACCAACUCUGGUCGCGAUCCGCUCAAGACGUGAUUCAAGAUGGAUUCGGCACCGGUCUACGACUGCUGUCCAGAGCUGAAGGCGCAGCUUCUGGCGCAGGCGACCUGAGCGAAACCUGCACCGACUGGGUCCGCUGGUCGAAAUGGUCGUUUCCGGCGUGGAUCAUCUAUAUGCUGUUUGCGGGUCUACUCUCGUUUAUCUGCGCGCACCUGGUCAAAUCUUUCGCUCCGUACGCAGCUGGAAGCGGCAUUUCGGAGAUCAAAUGCAUCCUCGCCGGAUUUGUCAUCAACGGUUACCUCGGCUUUUGGACACUGGCGAUCAAGAGUCUCACGCUUCCUCUGGCUAUUGCGUCUGGGCUGAGCGUUGGUAAGGAAGGACCUGCGGUUCACGUGGCGUGUUGCAUUGGAAACGUGGUAGCUAGCUUUUUCAGGUCGUUCAAUCGCAGUCAGGCCAAGAUGCGCGAGCUGCUGACAGCGUCUUCGGCUGCAGGUGUUGCAGUGGCGUUCGGAUCUCCGAUCGGCGGAGUGCUAUUUUCACUGGAAGAGAUGGCGUACAACUUCCCGGCUAGCACCAUGUGGCGUUCGUUCCUCUGUGCGCUGGCUGCUACGGUGACGCUCUCGUUCAUGAAUCCUUUCCGAACGGGCAAAUUGGUGCUGUUCCAGGUGUCGUACGAUCGAGACUGGCAUUACUUUGAGAUCAUGUUUUACAUUCUCAUCGGCAUCUUUGGCGGCUUGUACGGUGCGUUUGUGAUCAAGUACAACUUGCAGGUGCAAUCGUUUCGAAGGAGCUACUUGGUCAAGCACGGCGUGAGCGAGGUGGUGGUGCUGGCGACACUAACAGCCUUUGUUGGGUACGCCAACAAAUUCCUACGCAUCGACAUGACCGAGUCGCUUGAAAUCCUCUUCCGUGAAUGCGAAGGUGGAGGCGACUACGACAAUCUCUGUCAGAGCUGGGCACAGUGGCGUAUGGUCAACUCGCUUCUGCUGGCCACAGUGCUACGCACGGCGCUCGUCAUCGUCUCGUACGGCUGCAAGGUGCCCGCUGGAAUCUUUGUACCUUCCAUGGCGAUCGGCGCUACGUUUGGCCGCAUGGUAGGCAUCCUCGUCAAGGCGCUCUACAACGCGUUUCCGCACUGGUCGCUCUUCUCGGCGUGCCAACCAGACGUGCCGUGCAUCACACCGGGAACGUAUGCAUUCCUGGGUGCAGCAGCUGCGCUCGCCGGUGUCACCCGAAUCACUGUCGCCGUCGUCGUCAUCAUGUUCGAACUGACAGGUGCGCUCACCUACAUCCUACCCACCAUGAUCGUCGUCGGCAUCACAAAGGGUGUCGCAGACUGGUUCUCGAGAGGAGGCAUUGCCGAGCAGAUGAUCAAGUUCUCCGGCUACCCUUUUCUCGACAAGGACGACCAUAAUUUUGGCAUUCCGGUGGCGGAUGUGAUGCGUGUUUGUCCGCAGGUGUUGUUUGCCUCGGGGAUGAAGUUGAGCGAGCUCGAGGGCAAGUUGGCCGAUGGAAGCUAUAAGGGAUUCCCGCUGGUGCUGGCCAAGCACGAUGCGACGCUGUUGGGAUAUGUUGGCAAGGUGGAGUUGCGGUAUGCGAUCGGGAAGGCUAGAAGGGCACGCGCUUUGGAUGGUGAUACAUUGUGCCUGUUCAGCGUCGGGCCUAAUGCUCUUGACAGAGCAGACGGCGUGGAGUCAAGCGCACAUGGCGCACAACAACAGCAGCCGGAUUUGCUGAGCGUAGCCUCAUUGCCCACAACGGCAGCUGCAGACCGUGCUGUUCGAGAAGACAUGCUGAGCCGGUUCAGCGGUGCUACUGGUGCCGGAUCUGCAUCGGGGCUCGGUAGCACGAGCGCGACAGGCGUAGCGAGCCAGCGUCGACACGAAUCCGAAUCGCUCAUUGGCCAACUCGACGUCGAAGACGACCGUUCCUCGGCACCAUCGUACCGCAGCAGAGUGGAUGCUGGCGACAACAUGUCGAGCUCGUCUGACGACGAUGCGGUCGUGGGCAAUGCAGGAGGCGGGGUUGACGGCGAGUCCGAUCUCGACAAGCUCGAAUUGGGCGGUUGGAUCGACCCAACUCCGCUUAUUGUUCAACCUGGCAUGCCGCUGGAGACGGUGAUGGACAUGUUCAAGAACCUGGGUCCACGCGUGAUAUUGGUGGUCGAGUAUGGUCGGCUUUCGGGACUGGUGACGGUGAAAGAUGUGUUGAAACGCAUCGCCAUGCAGGAGAAAGCCGAGGCUGCUGCCAGGACAGCAGCUGCGGCGGGGUUGCCGAUGAGCGGCUCGGCGAACAGUUUCACUGGUGAAGGUGCAGGAGCUGGAGGAGGCGAGCUCGAAGCUCUGCUGAAAGAAGCGUAUGAAUGGGCGCAGGAGAAGUGGGCGUUGAUCUCGCCGCGUAUCGAGCGAAUCAGCGCGAGAAGAGCGAGCGCGUCGCGUGGCGGUGCGCCGGGAUCGCAGGCUGGACAGGCGAGGUAUUCGCAUCUGAGAGAGAGCACCGAGGAUAGGUACGACGAUUCUGAUGCAGUCGCAGAGGACAUGCCAAUGCACUCGACUCGGCAGACGAGCGCGACGAAAAACACGCGCUCGGAACAUCAUCAGUUUGUCUUGGGUGCACAAGACGAUGAUGACGAGUGA